AUGACAUUGCUAGGGGGCGAUAACGCUUUGGAGGAUGAUUUACAGCGGCCUGGAAUGUCUACAAACGGGAAGAGGAUGGCGGUUCCGAUCUACCGGGAGUUCGUAAGAACAGGCGACAUCGAGGAGUACAAUGCCCCUGGUCCCUCGAGUGCGCUACGUCCAGCAAUAAAGACCACAGACGAUCACAAAGAGCGCAUUGUAUCCUCUCGAAACUUAGCAGCGACAUGCAAACAAAUUCGCGAUGAGAUGGCACACUAUCGCUCGUUCACUGCUUCGCAAUCAUAUCGCAAUUCCCAAAUUAUCAGUACUGUGUUUAAUUCUUUGGAUGUCAUGACAGCAUACAUCAAGACCCGCUCGCCACACUCCCUUCGACAACCUCACUACAUUCAAGUUAAAUAUUCCGGUAAAGCAACCGCAGAAUCGUGGAAGGUCGCUCAAACAAUCAAUAUUCAGACCUUGAAUAUCGUCCUCGGCCCAGAUUCGCGCUCGCUAAUCCAGACCAAUGAUAAAUCCACCUUCAUGGAUCUUCAGGGUGCUCAGAGCCUUUUUCGGCUUCGUGGCAUACCCAAAGCCACCAUGACCCUUCAGCUUUCCUCUAAUGGCUGCCGCAUCUUCAAGAAAUCAUUCACCGACCUCGAGGUCUUUAAGCGCCGCCUCAACGACCUUAGUCGACCCUUCAGUCAGUCCCAGAUUUCGAUGUGUCAAAGGGCGCAUUAUCCAAUUGGUUCUAGGAUGAUGACGCGUAGCCGGUGUAAGAGAUUGGGUAUCGAGAUCUAG